CAGGCUCAGGGAAGGGCAGCCAUCUGAGAAAUAGUAGCUAAUGAUUAAAUGCAGAGUAGCGGCCUUUGAUAAAGAAAGUAACACUCUGCAACACGACUAAAUGAAACCAGGACUGCAUAUGUCGACAACUACCUUAGCACGUGACACAUUGAGAAGGUGAGAAAUGACACCAGUUAGAUGUUUUAACCAGUUUGUGUUCCUCUGUGACGAACAUACGGGCUUUAUUAUCUCUAGUUGUGCAAUAAGAAUAUUAACAAUCGAUUUCACAUCAGUGAGGGGUUUUGACCUCUGCAGCUGCUGACCACAGUUUCAGCUUGUAUCUAAAUAUAAGCAGUGUGUCACAGACAUGCACCUGACGUCUCUGCAGCGCUAUUGGCUGUCCCUACUGCACUUUCUCAGUCAUCAGUUUCUUUCCAUGUUGCUAGACUUUAGGAAGAGGAAGUGAGAAGGGCUGCUGAAAGCCCCAUGAUGUACUCUGCAAGCUUCACAGAGCUAUGAGAAGGGGAAGUACGAACAGCAGACGAGCUCGACAAGCACACGCCUGAAAACAGAGACGAUAGCAGAUAUCAUUUUCUCCAAAUAGGUCUGAUCAGAGGAGUUGCAAGAUGGCUCACAGCUGCCUCAAGUGUUUAAAGUACACCAUGUGUGUCGCCAACUUGCUUUGUUUUAUCUGCGGUGUGGCCGUUUUGGCCUUCGGCGUCAUCAUGAUGGUGAGUUCAAAUUAUGCUGCUCUCACCCCCUCACUGGCCAGCUUCAACAUAGCCAACAUCCUCCUGAUCACCGGCAUCAUCAUCACCUGCGUGUCCUUCCUGGGAUUUCUCGGCGCACUCAAGGAGAACCGCUGUCUCCUCCUAUCGUUUUUCCUGAUGCUCUUCCUCAUGAUGCUCUUGGAACUGACAGCAGCAUGUCUGCUACUUGUAUACGAGGGAGAAAUUACUGAAAGAGUGAAGACCGAUCUGAUAAAGGGCUUGAAUGAUGCAAAAGGAAAUUCAACACAUUCAAAACAAAGUGACUGGGAUAAUAUUCAAGAAAAACUUGACUGCUGUGGAAUCAAUAAUGUAACAGAUUGGGGAAACAACGUGCCAGAAUCCUGCUGUAUUCCUGAGGACCCCUCUUGUAAAAGUCAUAAAUACAGGCAAACGGGUUGUUUGUCAAAGGUGACAAAUUUUUUUGAGAAGAAUUUCCUAACCAUUGGGGUCUCUGUCAUUGUCCUCUGUAUGAUUGAGGUUUUGGGAAUGUGCUUUGCCAUGACACUGUUCUGCCACAUUAGCAGAUCUGGACUGGGCUACAAGUUCUGAAUACCUUCAAACAUGAUCUUCCCAUUUUACAGUAAAUAUCACUGUAAAGUUCUUUAGGAACUAGAGGGAAAGUUUCUGGAAAAGCUUACUUAAAAUGAGAAAACUAUUUUUCUAAACUCUUGCCUAAAGCUUAAACCUGUUUAUGUACCUGAAUAUAAAGUAUAACUGUAAAUUCUGGCACCUUUGACCUUCAGUGCACUACUCCAUUUCAGGUGAAGCUGUGUGCUGAGUUCAGUUUUGUACAGAACUUGCUUGGUGCCAAGUUUAUCUUAAGGUCUGUCAACUUUUUAAAACAGUUUCUGUAAAAUAUUACCUUUGUACUAGUCUUUAAUAAACUACUUACUUACAA